CUUUCAACAGAAGCGGACUCUCUUCCAGCGAGCACGAAGAACUCGCAAUGGCGUCGAAAUCUUCUCAUUUUUUCAAGCUUUAUGGUUAUGACUUGCUUUUGGGUUCAGUCGCUGCUUUUUACGUGUUAAUGGUGCCCUACACUAAGGUUGAGGAAAGCUUUAACGUUCAGGCAAUGCACGAUAUUCUUUAUCAUAGGCAUCGCUUAGAUAAUUAUGAUCAUUUGGAGUUCCCUGGAGUUGUUCCUCGCACUUUUAUUGGUGCUAUACUUGUAUCUAUUUUAGCAUCUCCAAUUAUAUUAGUUAUGAGCUUGCUGCACUUGCCAAAGAUUUAUGGUCUGGUUGCAGUACGUUUGGCAUUGGGUUGCAUCCUACUAUCUACACUGCGGUUUUUCCGUAUUCAGGUUGGAAAAAAGUUUGGACAGCAAGUAGAAGCUUUCUUUGUCAUACUAACUGCGCUUCAGUUUCACUUCCUGUUUUAUUGCACACGUCCUCUUCCAAAUGUACUAGCUCUUGGUGUAGUCAAUCUGGCAUAUGGGCUUUGGCUCAAAGGGCAUUUUUAUGCGGCAUUAAAUUGUCUGAUUUUCACCACAAUUGUCUUUAGAUGUGAUAUGGUGUUACUUCUUGGUCCUCUUGGCAUAGAGCUUUUGUUGACCAAAUCAAUUUCAUUGUGGAAAGCACUAAAAUGCUGUAUCGGAACUGCUCUAUUGUCCAUAGGCCUCACCAUAUUGGUUGAUUCGAUUAUGUGGAAGAAGUUAGUGUGGCCUGAGUUUGAAGUUUUGUGGUUCAAUUCUGUUUUAAAUCGGAGUUCUGAGUGGGGUACACAUUCAUUUCACUGGUACUUCACUUCAGCCCUUCCACGCUCUUUGCUUGUUGCAUAUCCUCUUUGUAUACUUGGGUUCUUACUUGACAGGAGAGUUCUACCCUUUAUUUUCCCUGUUUUCUCUUUUGUACUACUUUACUCUAAGCUUCCUCACAAGGAGCUUCGAUUUAUUAUUAGUUCACUACCAGUUUUCAACUUAUCAGCAGCAGUUGCAGCUAACAGGAUGUAUGUUCUUGUUUGUAGUUUGUUCUACAUCAAUAGGAAGAAAUCCUUCUGGAAAGUGCUCAGUAUCAUUUUGCUAGGACUUCUUAUAAUCAGUCUAGGGUGCACUGUCAUAUUUUUCAUGGCAUCCUAUGAGAAUUAUCCCAGUGGCUAUUCUUUAAAGUAUUUGCAUCAGAUUGGUCAUCUUGCUGACAGUUCUGAAGAACAUUGGGUUCACAUUGAUACUUACUCAGCCAUGAAUGGAAUAUCCCGCUUUUGUGAAAAUGAUGUCUCAUGGAGAUAUUCCAAAGAAGAAGGCAUCCCUUUGGAAGAAUUUCAUAAGAGAAAUUUCACCUAUCUAUUGAAUGAGCAUUCUUCUGUCGAUGGAUACAAGUGUUUAUUUACUGUGGAUGGUUUCUCAAGGGUUCGUCCCCAAAUGAGUUUUCCACCCUUGUUACUGAUUAAAGAGCCCAAAGUAUAUGUCCAUGGAAACAUGGAAAACAACGAUGUCAUGCGUAAAAAGUGGCCAGGAUGCUCUUGAUUUUUUAUCAAUUCCAUAUCUGUAAUGAGCAUGACAACCUGUAAGUUCAAGUUUCCUGAUACCUUGAACCAGUUGCUUACCUGCCAUGUGAAGGCCAUCAGAUGGCAUCUCAUUUUGUAUGUGAUUGAUAAUCACUUGUGGUUUGAUAUAGAGGAUAGAAAGUUGCCUUUGAUAUCAUAUUGGAAGCAAAACCAAAAUUAUUGUUGAGGUUUUGUUCUUCCUCGAGUUUCGCCCUUUCUUUCCUUGCUUAAUAUGAGAA